UGAGACUGCUACUACUAGUACUACUGCGCACAUCCAUACGACGAUAAUGGACAACUUCCGGAAAAUCGACAUCGAUCAGUUCGACGAGGACGUGCUGCUCGAGACGGAGCUGUACGAGCCCUACCCGCUUGACCCCGCGCAGGCCCUCGACGACGCGAAGCAGAAGGCUGCGGCUGUCAGAAGCUCCCUGUCCAAGGGAGAUAUUCCCGGAGCGCUGGGUACAAUACUCGAGGGCGUGCCGUAUGGGCCGAACGUUGAGGACGCGAAGACUCUUACACUGCAAACACUGGUGACAAUCCUGAACAGCACGAAGUCGUCGGAUGUAUCGAACAUCGUCAAGGCCUUGUCGCAGGAUCAGCAGGACACGCUGAUGAAGUACAUAUACAAGGGCAUGGGGAUGCCUGGUUGGGGAGACGUCAGCGGGAGCGUGUUGCUGGGUUGGCACGAGAAGUUGACGGAGGCUGCUGGGAUCGGAUGCAUCGUAAGAACGUUAACAGAUCGGAGGACGGUGUAAUGAAUAUACUCCACCCUGUUACACUUACCGUCGGACGUUUGGGUUCGUCAAGUCUGUCUGGCAUCUCCCGGUAUGGUCACCUUGUCCGACACGCGGUGGUGCCGCGUAUUCAUUCAGUGGGAACC